AUGCCGAGUUACAGUUCAGGCUCCUCUUCUUCCAUACACUCGAUCAACAGCUCUUACUUCCAAGCUGAUGGAGAUUGGGGUAAGCGAGAAACGUGUUGGUGUGGCCGUCUUAUAGUUAUUAGGGAAUCGAAGUCUGAAGCUACACGAGGGAGGAAAAUGUACACCUGUCCAGAUUGGACGAUUGAGGGACCUAGUCAGAAUCAUGACCACAUAUGGGAAUGGUGGGAUGACGCUGUUACAGAAGAACUAUCGUGCCUGAAAAUUCGAAUUGUUAAUGUCAAUUCUAGGAUGCAAUGCAUGCACAACAUGGGAGUUGUGCGAAUUGCCUUCACGAGACUACCUCGCUUGAGACACAUGGUUCCGAAAUAA